AUGAUAACAUUAAUAUCGGUGUGCUCGUAUUUAUUUUACGCACACAAAGAUUCUAUAUUAAAUUUAGUAGGAUUAAAUAAUAAGGAACAAGAAAAUAGAAAUGAUCAAAAUAAGGUAAAAAAUGCUAAAAUAAAAAAAUCCUUAAAUGGAGAAAAAACAUCUCUAUCAGAUUCGGAUAUGUGCAGGAAAAAAUUUAUCUUAAGAACAUACAGUGACGUUGAUUUUCAUAUAAAAUUACAUGGUAAAAAAAUGACAUGA